AUGCUUCAGUUUCGCACACAGGGCUUCAACGGGACAGCCGUGAAGUACUCACCAUUUUUCGACAGCCGUUUGGCAGUUGCCAGCUCUGCAAAUUAUGGCCUGGUUGGGAAUGGCCGGCUCUGGAUUCUUGAAUUAACGGCUGAUGGGAUUAAGCCCAUGAAAUGGUUUCCCACGCAAGAUGCCCUUUAUGAUCUGGCAUGGUCGGAAAUCCAUGAGAAUCAAGUCAUCGCAGCGUCCGGUGAUGGUAGCAUCAAGCUGUUUGACUGUACAACAAACGAGCACUUCCCUAUCCAGCAAUGGAAAGAACACAAUCGCGAGGUAUUCAGUGUAAACUGGGGAGCUAUUGAUAAAGACAAAUUUUGUUCCAGCAGUUGGGAUGGGACCGUCCGCAUUUGGUCACCACAUCGUGAACACUCCCUCGUCACUUUGCCCAUUCACUCUUGCACCUACUCGGCUACCUGGUCGCCACACAAUGCGGACAUCCUCUCCUGCGUCUCGAGCGACGGGUUUGUUCGUCUAUAUGAUUUCCGCACUCCAGCGUCUACCGCAAAUCACCAAGUCAUGAAAUUUGCCAAUAUCGACAAUUCCGCAAGUCGAGGUGGAAUGCCACCUAGCUCUACCAUGCCCGGCGAAAUCCUCACCCAUGACUGGAACAAAUAUCGUCCUACAGUCCUUGCAGCAGCUGGUGUUGACUCUUCGAUCCGCGUAUUCGACAUUCGAACUGGCGGGCAAGGCGCUACGACAACCAUGGUAGGCCACAACUAUGCAGUCAAAAAAGUGGCUUGGUCACCGCACCUUUCCAGUGUGCUACUGAGUGCGAGCUAUGAUAUGACCUGCCGUGUAUGGAGUGAUGGAUCGGAUGUGCCAACUACGCAUGUGGGCCCGACCAUGGGGAGAGAACUGGGCCGGAUGGCCAGGCAUACCGAGUUUGCAACAGGUAUCGACUGGUGUCUGUUCGGAAACGAGGGCUGGUGUGCAAGCGUUGGCUGGGAUGAGAAUUUGUUUGUGUGGGAUGUGCGAGGCUCAAUGACCUGA